AUGCACAUCAACCAUUUACCUAGGGAAAUUCUCGACAAUAUUCCCCUCGUGGGCCUGGCUGCGCGAUAUGCCGUGCGCGUGUGUCGAGAGUGGAGAUCCAUCUUCGGUCCCAAGCUCUAUCAAGUGAUCUAUUUUGAAAAGCUCGGCGAUCGAGCUCUAUCUGACGACAACGGCUUCCGGGAAGGCGAGGGUCACGACUCUACCGCCAUAGCGAAGAUACCCCCGGCCGAGGCUCGGAUCGUCGACCAAGACGCACUGCAUUUAUGGUUGCACAAAGUUUGUGAGUCGGCCGAGCUUCGACCCUACGUCCGAGAGAUCUAUCUCAUGAGCGAUCUCGUUUUCACGGGCAAGUCCAUCGCCACGUCGAGUGGACGGGCUAAUACGGCUUGCGACGGGCCUUUAUUCGACGACUGGGCCGCGGCGCUGAGCUCGUUAACGCAUCUAGAGCACUUGUCCUUGACCGCGUCCUGGACGAUACGACUUGGCGGUAGGCAUGGGGUUCACACGUGGAUGGCCCCCAACGCCCAUGACCACUUCGGAGGAACGGUGCGGCCCCUCUGGGACACCUCGGACAUUCUUUAUCUGGGGACGCGACAGGCCAUACGCACGAUACACAUCAUAGGAGGACAGAUAGGAAGUGCCACGGUGCCCGAUGGCGGCGGACUGACCGCGACGGCGACCACUCUGAUCCUCGAUACGGUGGUGGUGGCAGGACCGACUUUCGAGUCCCUGCUCCCACGUUUCCCAUAUCUCCAAACACUGAUUUGGCGACGACCACCGAACACCUGUGCUCCGGGUGACGUUCAUUGCGUCUGUGAAGGGAGCAUUACUCAGGAUCUCGACCGAGCCUUGACAGGGUUGCGAGAUAGCCUGACUGUCCUCCGCCUGGAAUUCCAGACACAGGGUCAAUUUCGGUGGCGGCCAUGGCGCUGUCCCCGCGAUCGUCACAUCUUGCGGUCACUGCAAAGUCUCAGCUCCCUCAAAGUGUUAACCAUUGCCGCGGAGCUGCUGGUGGGUCGGCGAGGCUGUCGCACAUGCCGGCGACAAGAAUUGUUCGACAAAGUCCCGAGCCAGCAGUUGGCUAGGAAGCUUCCUAGGAGCCUCGAGCAUCUGACGGUGAUAAUCGACAUUGCUUAUGCGAUGUAUGAACCUGGCUUUCGCUCCCACAUUCUCCAAGGCUUGGUCACCGAACAGGACGCACUCCCGGUCCUCCGACACGUUGUGGUGUAG